AUGCGCCGUCGAGCUCGAUCUUUAUUGCCCAGUGUAGAAUCUGUAAAACCACGUCCGACAGAGCGUGAAAAGAACACUGGUGACUCUUCCCUCGAUCCCGUGUCAACAAUCGACUCACCGAAAGAAGAACCCAGUACAAAGACUCCUCCAAAACAGCAGUCCGAGGAUCCAAAGGAUGCUGAUGAUGAUACCGUACCUGCAGUCUAUCAAGCAGAUCCUGACUGUUACAAUGGUGCUGUGCGUGAUCAAUACACAUGGAGUCAAACGAUCAAGGAUGUCGAUAUCAAAGUUCAAGUGCCAUCGUUUGUUAAAACAGCGAAGGAUCUCAAAGUGACGGUGGAACGUAAACAGAUACGCAUUGUGCUCAAGGUCGGUGGUGAGGAGAAACCCUAUUUUAACAGAAAGUUGUGCUGGGAGAUUCAGAAGGACGAGGCAAUGUGGACUUUGCAUCCAAAAGAAAAUCAAAUUCAUUUUUGUUUAGACAAAGCUCAGGAGCGUUGGUGGGAAGCUGCAUUCGAGGGCGAGGACAAGAUUAACACAAGAAAAAUUGACUGCUCCAGGCCUAUGCACGAACUGGACGAAGAGGCGCAAGCGAAAAUCCAGCAGUUGAUGUAUGAUGAGCAAUGCAAGCGUCAAGGUCUGCCCACUAGUGAACAACAGAAAAUUCAAAAGAUGCUUUCACACGCAUGGAACCAAGAGGGAUCUCCUUUCCAGGGAACUCCAUUUGACCCAUCUAAGCUAAACAUUUCGAGUUCAGGAGCUAGCCUGGAUCCAAAACCUUAG